UAAAAAUGUGGCAGAGGGAUGAAUCACUUUGUUGUGAUGUCAUUUGUAUAUAUUGACCUGACCCUAAGAUGAUGUAGAUUGCACGAUAAUUUAAUCUCAAGGACAUGAAAGAAAGUCAUAAGGAUAUGAUAAGCACAGCUGCAGUAAAUAAUUAAAUUGAAGACAAUGACCCUAAAAGAGCAAAGGUGAUGAGUGAAGAAGCAUUGAUGUAGCCCAUUGAAUAAGGGAAAGGGAGUGUUAGACAGUAAAUAAACAAGUAAACAUGGAGAAAAUAUUCCAGAUCAUCAAGACCAACAACAUAACAGAUCUGAAAUCUAUGCUGUUGGAUAGAGGGGACACAGACUAUGUAAUAGAUGGAUUAGCAUAUGCCUGUAGCAGAGGAAGAGAGGAAAUGGUAGAAAUAAUCAUUGAAAACAUCAAACAAAGUGAGCAGAGUGAGAAAACAAGAAUGAUGAAGAUAGGGGACUACAUCUACACCAACACCGUCCUAGACAUUCAUAACAUACAUGGAGAGACACCAUUAACCUGUGCUGCCCGAGCCAAUCAGCUGAAGAUAUGUGAAAUACUGUUACAAGAAGGAGCUUGUAUAAACCAGACAACACAGUACGUUCAUCAGACCCCCCUCCAUGUAGCUGUAGAGCAUGGUAACACAGAGAUAGUGGAAUAUCUAAUACAACAGGGAGCUGACGUCCAGAUCCCAGACAAUGUGAACAUCUCACCCCUCUAUACAGCCAUAAAGGGGGGGAACUCGGCUAUAGUGCACAUGCUUAUAGAUGCUGGUUGUGAUGUUAAUUUGGGCAGUCAGGACCAUGCUCCUGUUUUCUUAACUGCAAGACUAGGAUUGUUACCAAUCACACAGGCACUUUGUGAAGCAGGUUGCAACAAGGAUUUUGCAAAUAAGUAUGGUGUAACUCCACUUGCAGAGGCAGUACAGAAAGACCACUUAGAUAUUGUGGAGUACCUGGUUGGGCAGCAUUGUGAUGUGAACAACACAGAUGUCAAUGGCACUAGUGCACUACACAUCGCAUGUAGAAUGGGGAAUCUGGAGGCAGUUACGAUUCUUAUGAAUGGCAGGGCUAAUCCAAUAUUGAAGAAUUCUAAUGGUCAAACUGCCUUUCAACUGGCCAUAGAAAAUAACAAAUAUGAAGUGGUGGAGUAUUUGAUGAAUCUGGGUGCUGACAUUUUAUCUCAGCCAUUUGCCAAUAAGAGCUUGAGUAGUAUUUCUAAGGUGUUUGACAGAGGCCACAUACAAACAGCUGAAGUUUUACUGAGAGGAUGUCCAAAGUUACCCCUCCCUCAUUAUCCUGGGGUCACAGAUAUGUUCUGCAACAAUGGCCACCUGAUGAAGAUGUUAUUUCUGUCUGGUAUCCAGACCAUUCCUGGAGUCCUUAUUGUGCCUAGACUUCAUCCCCAGCAUGUUAACCACAAAGAGAUCUCAGACUGGCUGAAAAACUUCCACAAAAACCCGCUCUCCCUGCAGUCAUUGUGCCGAAUCAGAGUGCGAAGGUGCCUUGGAAAUACUCUGUUGUUAAAGGUGAAAUCUUUGCCAAUUCCCCCUUAUCUUAAAGAUUUUGUUGCUCUGAAACAUCUGUGAUAUGUUUUGUUACGUGUAUGUUUCACAUUCAAUGCAAACUGUUACAGGUCAAUGUCCAGAUUUUGGUGAUUUUAUUUACAUAUACAGAUAUCUGUAUAGGACAUUUUCUAGAUGCUUUUGUUUAUUUAUAAUCAUGUUUUUUCUAGUCAUAAUUGAAAAAAAACUUUCUGUCUACUUCUUAAUGACAAUUUUUCAUAUCUCCUUGCUAGCUGAAUUAGACUUUUUAUUAAAAUUUUGUGUUUGUUACAUUUACUGUAUUAGACAGGUAGUAUGGUUAUUAGUUUGAUUUGUGAAGUUUGUACAUUGUAAAUGUAGUUGUUCCACUAAGGAUUGUUUUAGCUAAUAUACAUGUUAUUUGAGAAUGAAAACUUUCACAGAUAUGUACAUUCAGUAUUACUGUGUAAUGCAGUAAAAGUUAUGGUGAACCUAUGUAUUUUUACAUGUGCAUGUGCUUUAUCCAUUUUAUUAUAACCAUAUAACAUAUUGUUAAGAAUAUACCGGUAAGGCAAAUUUGUGAUAUGCAUGUUUUCCUUCCGAUGAAAACCAAAAUAUGCUCCUU